CUACCAUUUUGUACACAGAGUCACAGAUACAAAUUCCCAAGAAGUUAAAGCCAAGCACUGCGAGGAUGUCCCUGGUGGCGAGGCUCUUCGACACGUUGUCCCUGGACGCGUGGAAGAACCCCUUCAGCAGCAUCUUCGGCACGGCGGCCGGCGCCGACGCGUGGCUGGCCAGCGACACCACGGCGUUCGCGGAGACGUACAUCGAGACCCGGGAGACGGCGGAGGCGUACGUGUUCAGCGCGCGGCUGCCCGCCGGGGUGAGCAAGGAGGAGGUGCGGGUGGACGUCGAGGAGGAGGGCCACGUGCUCGUCAUCGCCGGCCAGCGCAGCGUGCGGCGGGAGGCCAGGCGGGACGAGGCCCGGCACGUCAUCGAGCGCAGCUGCGCGUCGUUCCUCGGCAGGUUCUGCCUCCCCGACGACGCCGUCGUGGGGCAGGUCAGGGCCGCCAUGGACGACGGCGGGGAGCUCGUCGUCACCGUGCCCAGGAUCGGAGCAGCCGUGCUGGCUCUGCCCGAGCCGGCCUUGGCCAUCCGUGAUCCGUCCCUCUGUGGUUCAGUGUGA